CCCCACAUUGUAGCACCAUCCGGGCAAGUGGUCUACACGGACACAAUGAAUUUGGUGUUAUUAGCCGCUUUAUUCGCGGUAUGCAGUGCUGCAAAAUUGGACCGGUCAUAUCUUCCACCAGAAUCUGCUAAAACUGCUGGUGGCAGCCCUGGGGACAUACAAACCCCUCUUGUGAGAGAUCUCUUCAACCCUGGACAAACUGGUUUACCGAAAGGCGCUUUCGACAAUGAUUUUGAUGGCGUAGUCGUAGAAGCUGCGGCUCCAGGCACCAGAGCCUCAAGUCCUGGUGAAACAGGUCUAGGAGCUGAUAGAGUUUCAUACGGAUCAACUCACUCUAAAGUUGGAGGUGCAGCUUUCAAGACUAACCAACAAGGAUUCAACAUUCCUAAUCCCCAAAAUAAUUUCCAAAGUACUGAUCAAAUUGAAUCACAAACUCUGCAGAAUUUCCAACAAGGAGUUAAUUUCGGUUUUAAUACUGCACGACCACAGGCUGAAUUUGACAAAGCAUCGAAUAUAGUUCGUUUUGAAAAUAACGUUAGUCCACAAGCUUAUAACUAUGCCUUUGAAACUGAUAACGGCAUAACAGCUGAAGAGAACGGUGUUGCUGUAAAUGGUAUACAAGCCGAAGGAGGUUACUCUUACACAGGAGAUGACGGUAAAGUGUACAAAGUAACGUACACCGCUGGAGAAGGUGGAUAUCAACCUAGUGGAGAUCAUCUGCCGACACCUCCUCCUAUACCUGAAGAGAUUCUGAAGUCUUUGGAGCAGAAUGCUAAAGAGGCUGCUGGAGGAAUUGUAGAUGAUGGCUCUUACGACGCCGAGAAGUACAAUACAGAAGACGAUCGCACAAAAAGUGAGAGUGACAAUGCGGGGCAGCAAUAUAAUGGACAGUUUGGAGUGCCUGAAUCAGAUGCACAUGUAAGCGGAACAUUCAUCAAUCAAAAUACUCGUGUAUUCGACAAUUUGAAUACCCCUCAACAACCUCAAACAACAAACGAAGACAUCAGGAAUAAUGUAUUUGAAUCUGUCCAGAAUAACUUACAACCCAAACCGACUUUCGCCACCGCGUUAGGAAAGCAGCCUUUAUCAGGUGCACCAUUUGAACAAAGUAAGAAUGGUGAUGCAUCUAGUAAUUUUGGAACAUCUGAAUCGAAUAAGAAAGAUUCAAAUCAAGAAGACACAGUAUCUGAUAAUGACGAUUAUUCAAGGCCCAUAUAUUUUGGAACACCUCAAUUGAAUCUGGGAUCAAAUAACAAAUUUGGAAUUAAGCAAUCAUAUUUACCUCCUGCUAAUAAUCUUCAUUCUAAUAAUCGACCAUCUAUUUCUAUUAAUUCAUAUAGUUCACAGAAUACAGGACAAAGCAUAUCAGAAAGCUCCACCUUUGGAUCUCAAGUCUCAAAUAGUAAUGUCAACAAACCCCUAGUUACAGCACAAAUACGUCCUCAGUCUAUUCCCAGCAAUCAGUUCGACCAAUUUAGCCAAAACUUUAAUAGUCAGUCUUCGAAUCAAUUUAUAAAUGGUCAAUUUUCAGACCUGAAUAAAAAUGAAAAUACUCAAUCAGGAAUACAAGCCUCGUAUAACACCUUUAAUAAUAUACCGUCAACCUUACAACCAAGUGCAGAGUUAACCACACCUUUUGAAGAUUCUCCAACAUCAACUAAUAAAUUCGGCAACACUAAUGUGCCAUUAACUCCAACUCAAGCAUCUUUCUCGGAUGUUACUGCUUCAAUCUCACAAUCAAGUACUCCCCAAAUUGGUUUUGGAACAUCAAAUCAAAACCUUAACCAAAAUGAAAUCCAACAGACUAAUAUUUUAUCGCAGCAGCCAUUAGAACAGCUGACAAAUACAAACAUUAAUUUGAGUGGUAGCCCACAAUUCCAAGGUCCAGAUCAUUCCUAUUAUUAUAAUCUACCUUCAAAACCAUUCAACGUUAACAGAGUAACCACACCAACGUUUCAAACUGGAAAUCGUCCUUUUAACAGCGGUUUCAACAACGGUGCGGCAACUAGAUAUCCUAGGCCACCCACUGUAGUACCUACCAUUGCUAGUUCAAUGUAUAAUCAAUAUUCUAAUACUCCCCAAUCUUCUCCCUCUGCUUCGUUUAACGAUAGAUUUAGGCCUUCAACAAAAUACCCCCAAUCUACAGUAGUAACCCAAAUUUUACCGUCACCAACCAGUCCAACUAAGAUUGACGGAUUUCCGGAACAAUACACGGGAAUAACUCAAGCUUCUGUAUCACCCUUUCCAUCAAACUCUAACAAAUAUACAAGUCCUUCAGAGAAUCAAAAAUCUGAAAAAAUAGGUCAAGAUUUGUCUCAAAAUUUCCAAAUUAAUUCAUCGUUCCAAAAACAAACAACUUCAACUCAAUCAUUUAAUAGAGAUCAGGCAACUCUUAGUGGUAGUCAAGGAGUUCAACAAACACCAAAUCAAGUUCAAACAGAGCUUAAUAACAAUACUCCUCAAUUAUCUUCAAGCCAGCAAUACAAUGGUGAAAUAUAUGAAUAUAGUAAACCUGCACAAUCUUUAUCUACGACAGAAUCUAAUGAAGAUACAUCGACACUUACAGAUAAUUUUUCACAAUUCGGUCAAAAAUUACGACCAUCAAUUCAAUCACAACAGAAGGGACAAGAAAUUCAAAUUAACAGCAAUCGUGGUGGAACAGGACCUCAACAACCUACAAAUUUACAAGGACAAUUCGAUCAAAACAAAUACACACAAAAUCGUAUUUCAACCUCUGAUUCAACUCAAGACUUCAACAGACAGCAAACAAUCCCUUCAAGUAAUUUACAAACAACCGAUGUUAAACCAAAAUUAGAAACUACAAAAUUUACAUCAGGCGCAUCCGCAGAAAAUCAACCAACUGAAUAUAAAAGGCCUUUUGAUUUCUCAACAAGGAUUAGACCUUGUUGUCAAGGACCAAGUACCGGGCAAAAUGUCAAAGAUUACCGUAAGCCAAUUCAAUCACAAGAUAAGACUAAUAACUUUGGAAUUUCAGCACAGUUUGGCCAUCAAGAUAACCAAAAGUCGGGAGUUAGUGAAAAUUCUUUUAAUACUCCGUCAAUUGGGUUUAGACCACAGACCUUACAGACAACUAGUCAACCAGAAGGAGUAGAAGGAAUAUUUGGUGGUCCACGAAGACCACCUAGCUUCGACGAAGCUUCUGGUUACUAUUAUUGAAACGAAUCUAUUUUGUAGAAAUAGCAAAAAGUAUUUUUACUUAGUAAUAUAAGAAAGUGAUAACUAUUUUAACAUUGUAAAAUAUUAUUUUAUGAUUCUAUUAAAUUAUUUUAAAAA